UACAUUAUUGAAAAUUUAAAUGGAAAAUGAAAUUUCAUAUUUUAUGGAGAAUCUGUAUAUUUCCGUUGGCGGGCGUGGGUUUCCUCAUCACAGCUCUCAAUAUGGAACUUUUCUUUUGAAUAUAUUUUCUGGACAGACCAGCCUAUUUUUACUAGAUGGAUCAGCCAAAUAAUGCCAAUCACCUAGUGAGAUACUUGAUUAAUUAAUAGAUUACCGUUAAAACACCUUCAAUAAAAUAUGUUUUGAUGGGGAGGGUAUAUAGCAAAUUGUAACAUAUGAAAACAAGCGAGUGAACAAGAACGUGAGUCGAUAUGUGUGAUAGAUAAAAUUCAUUUGCACGCUCUUGAAAAAAGCUACAUUUUUAAUGUCACCGUGGUCGUGUCCUGUACACAACCCUUAUAUUUUUUUUUAUUCUCGCUUAUUUUCCGUCGGCCACUGCCCGCACUGAGUGCCAAUCACCGACGCCAGAGAGGUGACUCCACCAGCUGGACCCUAGAUAUCGGCCCAUCAACACAUGGACCGGGACCAACGGCUUUACUUCCCUUCCGAAGGAAGACGUGACCACAGAUUUUUCACCUCAGAAAAUCUCAACGACCUCGGCUGGGAUUGAAACCACAACCUAAAAAUAUUUUCCAAGAUUAACAGCUUUCAGGUUUAAAUCGUUAUUUUCUGGCGUCAAAAAUUUUUAUCCGUCAGCGCGCUCUCGAGAAAAAUUUUUGUGUUGCUUAAAUAUCUGAUAAUUCGCGUAUUAGAUAAUAGAAGUAUCUUUCGGAAUCAUUUGAAAUCUUCUAAAAGGCUUAUAGUAUCAGUACCAUUCAACUAAAUUUUUCAUUUUGCGAGAAACACAAUUUGUCCAUCUCACCCAGAGUGUCCGUCUUCGACGCAUGCCCAUAAAAGCAUAAGAGUCCCAUAUGGAUGUUUGUCGAAAAUGAGUUAUCUGUUGGAUUGUAUUCGGUAUCGCUAACGACGCUGAAUCCCUCUGUCCCUUCAGUAAUUCAGCGUCUUUAGAUACUACCACUGAAUCACAAUGCACCAAUAAGAUUACCAGGUUUGUUUAGAAAAAAUCAAAAAAAUACCAAAACAUGGUUGUCCCAUCCAUUUGACUCAAUUAAAAUGCAAAUCUUGAACAGCGUUUUUCUCGGCUUGCUAUUUUUCAAUAUGGGACUCUUAUGCUUUUAUUUGCAGUAUAAUAUAUUUCUGCACUAAGGAAAAAUAUAGCAUAGUGCAUAUUGCAUUGGCUUGCUAAGCCAAACGGCACAAACUGCACCGGAUCCAGCCUGUUUGGGACCGGCGAUGGUGAAAUUAAACUUUCAAAUUUCUGUUGCACCUUCGGGUCACCGUUGCAGAUCAUCACGCGCUUUCUGAAAUUGACUAUAAAUUGAACGGUGCCAAAUUACCGUCGCUUAAUCAAUUAGCUACAAUCGCACCGUCUCGUUGUGAACCAGAAAAAUGUCAUCGCCCAAAAUUCUACCGGCUGGCUUCGAUGAGAGUAUUGUGAUAUCGGGAAUCUCCGGUCGGUUUCCGCAAUCGGACAACAUGCGAGAGUUAGCGCGUAAUCUGUACGAGAAGCGAGAUUUGGUGGACGAUUCGGAGGUACGGUUCAAGCACACGAUGCCGGAGAUACCGCGGCGUGCCGGUAAGGUUAACAAUUUGACCAAGUUUGAUCGGGAGUUUUUCGGUUGCGAUCGACGGCAACGCGAUACGAUGGAUCCGCAGCAGCGGAUAUUGAUCGAGCACACGUACGAAGCGAUACUGGAUGCCGGAGUGAAUCCGGAGAGUUUGCGUGGUUCGCGAACGGGUGUUUUCAGCGGUUUGUGUUUCUCGGAGACCGAAGUACGGAUGAACUACGUUACGUGCCCACCGGAUGGUCUAGGUGUGCUGGGGAGUGCAAAGUCCCAGCUUGCGAAUCGGGUGUCGUACACAAUGGAUUUCAGAGGACCUUCGAUGGUGAUGGACACGGCUUGCAGUAGUUCGAUGUACGCACUGGAUAUUGCGUACAGGAGUAUCAAAAAUGGGGAGUGUGACGCUGCUAUAGUGAUGGGAAGUAACCUGACUCUGCAUCCGUUUAUCACGUACCAAUUUGCGCUGCUGGGAGUGUUGGCGAAGGACGGUUAUUGCAGACCGUUCGACAAAAACGGUUCCGGUUAUACGCGUGCGGAAGCUGCGUGUUCUGUAUUUCUACAAAAAGCCAAAGACGCCAAGCGUGUCUACGGUCACCUGCUUCAUUCGAAGACUAAUUGCGAUGGUUUCAAGUCCGAAGGGAUCACCUAUCCAUCUGGGGUUGUACAGCAACAGUUGUUAUCUGAAUUCUACAGUGAAGUAGGUAUCAACCCGAUAAAAGUGAAUUAUGUUGAAGCCCACAGUACCGGUACGAUGGUCGGAGAUCCGGAGGAGUGCGAUGCGUUGGAUAAGGUUUAUUGUACAGGACGAACCGGUCCAUUGUUGGUGGGAUCUGUGAAAUCCAGCAUUGGACACUCGGAGGCAUCUGCGGGAGUGUGUUCUAUAGCAAAGUGCAUUAUCGCCUUGGAGAACGGUUUGAUUCCUCCCAAUAUUAAUUUUAACGAAAAUAGACCAUCUAUUCUUUCGUUGGUUGAGGGACGAUUGAAGGUGGUAGAUGAAGUGACUCCGUUACCUGGUCCACUUGUUGGCAUCAAUUCGUUUGGUUUCGGUGGAGCAAAUGCGCAUGCUUUGUUGUGCAGAAAUUCUAAAGAGAAGAAGCGGCUUGGUUUACCAGCGGACGAGCUUCCAAGGUUGGUGGUGUGGUCCGGAAGAACAAAGGAGGCCGUUGAAGUAAUGCUUCGAGAUAUUGCGGAACGUCCCUUGGAUAGUGAGUUUAUUGCUCUACUGUACAAUAUUCAAAAUCAGGCGAUCCCUGGUCAUCGUUACCGUGGUUACGGCACUUAUCGAAAGAAUGGAGAAAAACCAGCGAUUUUGCAAGAGUCGAACAUUGCAAGAAUUCAGCUGGAACCACUACCAUUGGUGGCGAUUUUCGGCGGAAUGAAUUGUCGAUGGCGACUAGAGCUGGAGGAGUUGAGACAAUUUACUCAAGUUGAGGCAACUUUGACUAAAUGUCAUGGAGUUUUACAAACUUUAAAAUUUGACUUGUAUAAGAAAUACUCCGGUAAAGAAUCCGUUGUGAACAGUAUGGUCGGAACGGUUGUGCUUCAGCUGGCUCUCGUCGACUUAUUGAACUCGAUUGGAGUAAAGUUUGAUUUUUAUGGGGGACACUCCGUGGGUCAGUUCAUCUGUGCCUACUUAGAUCGUCACUUGAGCUUGGAACAGGUCAUUCGAGUAGCUUUUUGUCAUGGCCUGGUGUACACUGAGUGCAUGGCAGUAGGAAAUUGCAGCGUUUUCGUAAAAAUAAAUAAUAAGCUAGAUCAAGUUAUUCUGAAGGGUAUGGUGAAGAAUGCCUCGUCCGGAUUUGGUAUUAUUGCUGCUUCUAAUCAGACCGUGUUCGAACAAAUUCGCCAGUUAAAUUCUGCUGGUUAUGUAGCGGAAGAGCUGGCCUUUACAAUCUUUAGUUCUGAACCUGCAAUAGAAUCAUCGAUAUCCAAUAAACUGCGCCAGACCAUGAAUACUGUAUUGUCACGUGCGGUUAUUCCGACAUCGAAAUGGUUCAACGCUAGGCUACCACAAACAUCGUCUAUUUUUCAUACACCGAAGCUGCAUAAUUCAGUCUCCAUUGUUAACCUUCUGGAUUGUAUUCCCAAGAACGCUCACAUUUUGGAACUUGAUAGUUUCCAAUCUUGCGAAAAGGUGCUGAAUAUAUUAAAUUACAAAUCGAAUUAUCUUCCGCGAGGCCUAGACUCUUCAGACGCUGUUAGCCGGCUGCUUAGCAGAAUUGGGCACUUACAUCUCACCACGCAGAACCUUCAGAUUGCCAAACUCUAUCCGGUGGUUCAGUUUCCGGUUUCACGUUGAACGACCAUGAUUUCACCACUGCUUCGUUGGGAUCACCGUGAGGAUGCGUACGUUAUUCGCUACGGUAGGUACGAGACAAGCAAGUCCAAUAUUCUGAACUUUAAAAUUACGCUGACCGAUGAGGACUACAAAUACAUAGUGGGCCAUUGCAUCGACGGCCGCGUGCUGUUCCCGGGCACCGGUUAUCUGCAACUGGUUUGGGAUCUAUUGGCACAUCUUUCCCACUGUGAACUGCUUCACUUUUCCAUCGAGUUUGAGGACGUGCAGUUUCUACGGGCCACUACAAUCGCCAAGGGUCAAACGGUUAAUCUGGUCGUAUCGUAUCAAGCAGCAUCCGGAUACUUCGAGAUAUUGGAAGGAGUCACAACAGUGGUGACAGGAUAUGCACGAAGUCACGAUUCGUCUGCCAAGGAAGAAAUUUUUGAAGAGGUGUCUACGGCAACAAUGAUGCAGACUAGAGAUUUCUACAAAGAACUUCGUCUGCGAGGUUAUCACUAUUCUGGAUUGUUUAAAUCGGUCCUGGAAGCUAGGGUCGAUGGAUCCGAGGCUAAAAUCGAGUGGAAAGGUAACUGGGUAGCGUUGUUGGACUGUAUUCUACAGGUCGGAAUUGUGACUGUAGACACGCGUUCGUUGAUGGUUCCAACGGCAAUCGAAAAAGUUGCAAUAUGCCCGAAAGAUCAUCUACAGGCGAUGAAGAAAGAUGAUCAGGGGCGGGAAUAUUUAGGCGUUAAAUGCUGCACCAGAACCAACGUUUCAGUUUGUGGUGGGAUUGUCAUUUUGAAUCCCCGAGGCAAUAUCAUUGGACGAAGAAAUCCUCCCGGUGUGCCGAUACUGGAAACAUAUCAGUUCAUCCCGUAUAGGUCUGAUGGCCCGGUUUCUUCCCUGGAAGCGAUCAGGAUGUGUGUUCAGUUGGCCUUGGAAAAUGUACCGAUGCUGUCUGUUGCGGUAACUGAAGUGCACAGUGAUGGACUUCCAGUUUUGAGUCAUCUAUUCGGAGAAGCUAUCGCUGAUCUACCCUUGGUUCAGUCCAGCUUAACAUUACUCACAGCAAAACCAAUAGAAGUGAACAAUGCUGUUCUUAAGAAUGAGAAAUUAUCCGAUCAAACAAACUCACUGUUUCUAAUCUCGGACAACAAACUGACUGAAGCUAGUUUUCUAAAGGACGCUAAAGCUUGCCUGGUAGAUGUUGGAUUUCUACUGAUCCGAGAAGCUGCCAAGUUUGACACGAAUGCUUUUCGGCCACCAAGUGAAUUUAAUCUUAUUGCUACGUUUCGCAUAGAUCAGGAAGAAACAUUCAUUCUGCUUCAGUGCAACAGCCGUUCGUUGAGCGAAACUCCCGCAGCAAUACAGGUACAGAUGAAGGAAUUCAGCUGGUUAACAGAACUGAAGAAAGCCGUCAAGUUUCGGCCGGUUAUUUUGUACGCUCAAUACGAUUCGAUAUCGGGUAUCAUCGGACUUGUCAAUUGCAUUCGGAAAGAACCAAAGCUUCAAAAUGUUCGCUGUGUUUUCGUGGAUGACUCUAACGCACCUCUGUUUGCAUUGAAUGAUCCUUUCUACCAGAAUCAGCUUAAUUUGGGUUUGGCGGUGAACGUGUUCAAACAUGGGAAAUGGGGUAGUUACCGUCAUGCGCUGUUGACAAAUGCUAGGAAAACGGAAUCCGUGACCAAUCACUGCUAUGCGAACGGUUUAGUGAAGGGUGACUUAUCCUCGAUGAUGUGGUUUACAGGGCCCAUGAAUGAAUGUUCUAGUGGGCCAAACAAAGUUCGUGUGGUUUAUAGUGCGUUGAAUUUUCGAGACGCAAUGAUCGCGACGGGUAGAUUGUCCUCGGAUGCUCUCACUUCUAAUCGAUUGGAUGAGGAAUGUGAGUUGGGGUACGAAUUUGCUGGAGUUCUAGAGGACGGUAGGAGAGUAAUGGGAACCACUCCUGGUGGAGGAUUGGCUACGAUGGUUAACUGUGAUCCCUUACUGACUUAUCCGGUACCGGAUGGGUGGACAAUGGAGGAAGCCUGCACAUUUCCUAUUGUUUAUGGAACUGUUUGCAUUGCUUUCUACAUGUGCAUCCAGAUUCAGAAGGGUAAAUCUGUUCUGAUCCACGCCGGCAGUGGAGGUGUUGGACAGGCAGCGAUACAGGUGGCACUUGCUGAAGGACUGAAGGUAUUUACCACGGUUAGUACGGAGGAGAAGAAGCAGUUUUUACUGGAAAAAUUUCCUGAGUUGAAGAGGGAAAACAUUGGUAAUUCCAGAGAUACUUCAUUCGAGCAGAUGAUAAAAAUCAGAACCAAUGGUAAGGGUGUCGACUACGUGCUGAAUUCGCUAGCUGAGGAGAAACUGCAAGCUUCGAUACGUUGUCUAGGGAAAGGGGGUCAUUUCGUGGAAAUUGGAAAAUACGAUAUUGCCAGGAACUCCAAGAUAGCAAUGAGUCUGAUGCAGAAAGGUCUAACAUUCACGAGUGUUAUGCUCGAUCUGAUGUUCAAGGAGAAUUCAGACUAUAAAAUAGCUUACCAUCAACAAAUGAUACGUUUGCUGGCUAGCGGUAUAGUAAGACCAUUGAACCGAACCGUCUUUGAUGCGGUUGAUGUAGAGCAAGCCAUGAGAUUUAUGGCCAGUGGAAAGCAUAUUGGGAAAAUUUUGUUGAAGAUACGAGAAAAUGAAACCGAUCUGGACACACUUCCGAUACAGUAUGUCCCGAGGCUUUACUGUAACCCGGAGCAGGUACAUGUUGUCAUUGGGGGACUCGGUGGAUUUGGGUUGGAGUUGGCCGACUGGUUGAUUAUCAGAGGCUGCCGCAGAGUAGUUUUAAGCUCAAGCAGAGGUAUAACAAAAUCCUACCAGGAAUACAGAAUCAAGAUGUGGAGAAGCUAUGGAGUUCAAGUACUGGUGUGCACCGCAAAUAUCGCUACCCUGGACGGUUGCCGUAUGUUACUGCGGAAAGCUUCCGAACUCGGAACAGUGUCGGCUAUAUACAACCUAGCUGUUCAACUGCGUGACGCUAUUCUAGAUAAUCAGACACCGGAGACGUUUGGUGAGUGCUUUGCUCCCAAAGCGAAUGCUACCGAAUAUUUGGAUGUGGUUAGCCGGGAGCUGUGUCCGCAGUUGAAGCAGUUUGUAGUGUUCUCCAGUGUUUCCUGUGGUCGAGGAAAUGCCGGCCAGAGUAACUACGGUAUGGCGAAUUCUAUCAUGGAGCGAAUUAUCGAACGAAGACAUGCUCAGGGGUUACCGGCGAAGGCAAUACAGUGGGGAGCGAUCGGAGAGGUAGGAUUAGUUGCCGACAUGGCAGAAGAUAGGGUGGACAUGGAGAUUGGUGGAACGCUGCAGCAGAGAAUUUCUUCGUGUCUGCAAGAGCUAGAUCGAUUACUGACCUGUGAGGAACCGAUCGUGGCAAGUAUGGUGGUAGCGGAGAAACGGGUCGGAGGUGCUUCGAAGAACAUCAUCGAAGCAGUUAUGAACAUAAUGAGCAUUCGAGAGUUGAAGUCCGUUUCAAUGGAGAGCACCUUGGCGGAUAUCGGAAUGGAUUCGUUGAUGGCGGUGGAGAUCAAGCAGGUUCUCGAGAGAGACUUUGAAUUGGUGCUUUCUACCCAGGAGUUGAGAACGUUAACUUUUUUGAAGUUGUUGAAGUUGGAUGAACAGAGGAAGCAGGAUGAGUUGGACAAGGACAGUAAGGGAAAAGUUGAGGUUGUGGUUGGUCUGCAAAUGUUGCUAAGAAAUUUGGGCGAUGAAACAAAUAGCGAUACGACGAUUCUUCGUUUGCCAUCCUCUGGUGUCCAAGACGAAGGUCGCCCAGUUCUAAUAAUCCCCGGUCUUGAGGGUGUGGCCGGUAAUGUGUGGUAUGCGAUUGCUGAGAAACUGAAUACACCGGUCUUCAUCCUACAGUUGAUGAGUACCUUGGAAUGCGAUAGUAUUCCGGCCAUGGUUGACUGUGUGAUCGAGGAACUGUGCAAUGUGUUCAGUGGCCACGACAGUUAUGCAAUUGUAGGAUAUUCAUUCGGUUCCUUGAUAACAGUGGAGGUCGCCAAGCGUCUGCAGGCUAAAGGAAUGCACGGAAAACUUCUGUUGCUAGACGGAGCUCCAAAAUUCAUGAAACUUCUAGCCCUGCAGCAAAGGGGAAAUAAUCCGGAAGAGUUCCAGAAGAAACUCAUGUUUCCUUUAAUUUCAUUUGUGAUCCCGAAUCAACCGGUUGAGAAAAUACUCUCCCUAAUACAGACACCUUCGUUCGACGACGGAAUCGAGAAGUUGGUCGAUUUGGCAAAGGAUCAACACGUCCACUCUCCCAACUAUAUUCGGAAGAUGGCGAAGGUGUUACUACGGAGGAUACAAAUGACCGCUCAAUUGGAUCUGGAAGAUCAGCCGCUGGAUCUGCCGAUUACUUUGGUUCGGCCGACGGAUGUUUCCUUUGCGGAUAUCGAAAGCGAUUACGGACUGUCCAACUGUACGACGGGAUCGAUAACGUUGCACACCAUCGAGGGAAGUCACAUCACAAUAUUGGAAAAUCCUGCCCUCGUGGAGAUUAUAAAUAACUUUAUACUGUAGCUGGGAUCGAAUGUUGCAUAUUUUUCCUAAAAAAAUGCAGGGCAGAUUGUUCUUGUUGAACCUUAUUUCCGAACGAAUUAUCCUGUUAAGGAAGAGUUUCUCGAACGAACGGCUCUGGACGUUAAUCAGUGUCGAUGGUGUGUAUUCCAGGAUUCGCAAUCUAUAAACUUGUUCGAACUACUGGUUCCAUCCUUGAAGUGAGUUGGUUUUCAAAAUAUUUUGGUGGUCAAUAAAG